AAACCGCUACCACACACCGUAGCAUAUCUUUCAAUGAGUUUCCUAGCAGACGCUGUUUGAAACUAUGGGGGAAAGUGGUUAUGGUACAAAGUUAAUUAGUACAUUAAUAUUGUGUUUGACAGUUGUGUUGGCGUCAUCAAAAAACGAUGUGUUUAAUGAAGAGCUGCUAUUAAAACCAUUACCUGAUGAUCAUGUGUAUGCAUAUUUCCAAUUUACUACCGUAUGGGAUGUUGAACCGGACGCAGAAUCUUUCAAACACAGUCACCUCUUUCCACGUCCACUGGGUGAGAUUGUUGCCCAGUUUGAUGUACAAGAAUUACACGUGAGUCUCACAGGAGGCCUGUGGCGGCACCAACUUUGGGGAUAUCCUGUGCGUGAUGCAGCACCAGGGGCUGAAGUUUGGGCAUGGUUUAAGCCGACCAACAAGGACAUUGAUAAGCUGUGGAAGGAACUGACGGGUGCUCUCUCUGGUCUGCUUUGUGCAUCCUUGAAUUUUAUUGACAAGUCCAACAGUCUACAGCCUGAAUACAGCCUCAGGCCAUCUGGUGUGACACUUGAUAAACAGUUGAAUUCUAGCCUGCUUCGAUAUGCUGCCCUACCAAGGGAAAUUGUAUGCACUGAAAAUCUGACACCGUGGAAAAAACUACUUCCUUGUGAAUCAAAGAGAGGUUUGGCAACACUCUUAAAUGCUGGGUUUAUACACAAUACAAAUUACCACUCUCUAGGAGUUCACCUCAGACCAAUUUGCAGGGAUGAAACUUGUAACAAGAUUUCCCUGGAACUUCAGCAAACUGUUUCCCUUGUGUACGACAUUGCAAUCCUUUCAUUUGGUUCAUCAAAUUGGUCAAUAAGGAAACUCUUUGGCUUAGGUCUCGGAGGGGCCUGUCCACUGGCUAACAGCAGCAUGAUAUAUGUCGAUUUAUCCAAAAAUGAGACAGGAGUCACAUUCCAACUGAUUCCUCCUCCUGAAACACGACUGUCCAGUUGGCGAGGAGGCUAUGAAACAAAGUAUGCUGUCUAUGAUGUCAGGAAGAUAACAUUGCCUGGGAGUAUGAUAAGCAUCGCGGCAGAAACAUCAUCUCCAAAAAUAUUCACUGUAAAUAUUCCACCGGUUCUUCAUGCAAACCGAUAUAUUGUUGGCUAUGGCCAGGAACGUGGUGGCAUUGUCACAAGGAUUCACAACACACAUUGGAAAGAAAUAGAUGUAGUUUAUAUGGAAAAUAUACCAUGGUUUAUACCAGUUUACCUCCAUACACUCAAAAUAACAUCUCAGGGUAGGAAAAUUGAACCAGUACUGAAGAAAUGUCCUGGCAUGGAGCGAACACGCUCCUAUUACCUGGAGAUCUUGAUCCGCCUGCCACAACGUUCUGUAACAGAGAUUUCUAUAGAAUUUGAGUAUGUAUUCCUGAAGUGGCAGGAAUACCCUCCAGAUGCAAAUCAUGGAUUUUACGUUGGGGCUGCAAUAAUUACAGCUAUGUUACCCCUGGCAAGAAGCUACACUGCUCUUCCACAGGAUGUGUCACUCAUUUCUUCCAGUUUCAAUGCAUCACGAGAAGGUUACCUGGUGGAAUUGCGGACUGAAACUCUCAUAGUGACACUGCCAACACCGGACUUCAGCAUGCCAUACAAUGUGAUCUGCUUAGCCUGUACAGUCGUUGCAUUGGCUUUUGGUCCACUGCACAAUAUCACUACGAGAAGGUUGCAAGUUAAGGAAAAAGGAAAGGGAAACAAACUUAUUAACUGGAUCAAAUCACAGUUGAGAAGGAAAAGUGAUUCAGAGGGGCAACCUCAACAGACACAGCCUGAGCCAGUAAGAUAAUGCUGAGUUAAAUUCUAGUCAGUUAUUUGCAUUUUGCUCAGGAAGGUGUUGCAAACCAUUAAGCAACCAAAGCUUAAUUGCUGUGAUAAUUAAUUAUUUUGCAGUAUAUAAUUGAUAAGUAUGUCUUCUAAAAUAAACUUUGUAUAGUAACUUUUCAAAGUAUUGUUCUGUUUAGUACUGUCAUUGAUUCAG